GAGGAGGUUGGAGGAGGAGCUCACAAGGACAGCCUGUGCUUGUGGCCUUUUGGGGGAGAAGCUACAGUAACAGUGAGACAGCACAACAAAUUCUCACCCUGUACAUUUCUGCAACAAGCAACAGGAGAUCAAAACACCAUGCUGCAAUUUUGAUAGUUUGAUAUUUGCCCAGCUAAUGGCACCCUCUAUGUCUAGAGGGACUAAUGAUUUCCAGGGAAUUCAGGUGAAUAAUUUCUGUUUGGAUGUUGUAGCACAAUUGUUCCUUGGUCCUGGUGAAGUGAUGACCAAAUAGAUGGCAACAAAGCCAAGAACAAAAGAAGUGCCACCCCAACCCCACCUCUCCAUUCCCCCUCACCAAAGGGAAGCACAGCACAGCACAAGGCUAGAAAAGAAAAAGGAGAAGACCAAAAGAAGGGGAAAAACUUGGAAAAAAAGAGCUAAAAAGAAAGCAACCAGGCAGGCAGAGGCAGGCCGCUUCAUCCCCUUUUCUCCCCUCCCAAUUCACACAAGAUUCACUCGCCAGUUGGUUCUUUUAGUGCCCACCCCCAUUCUCCUCUGACCCAAGCCUUUCACUCAAAGCUUCCAGCUUUUCCAUUGUUGGUCACUUCAAGAAUCAAGGAAUAUGUUCUUGCUCUUUCGGCGAUAGUCUGGUUCAUCCGUCCGUCCAGGCCUCUCUCUUCCCCUGGCAUUUUGCUGUGCCUGGGCUCUGUGCGCGGUCACUGCAAGGAGAUGAUUUUGGGCUAGUUUUUCUGUUCUUGGGGUCCAAAUUUUGGGCGAGAUCUUCGUCUGAAGGUUCCUUUCUUUUCUGUUAUUGGCUGUGGUUGUUACCUCCGAGUCUAAGGCAAGAAUUUGGAGGCCAUGGGAGUCCCUUGCGAUCGAUUCUUGUUGAUUUCUCGGGUUGUUGGAUUCAAGAUGCCUCUUUGACCCACCUGUGCUUCGUUUCUUGGAGACAUUCCGCGUAAUUUUGCUAAAUUUGCUUCAAUUCGGGUCAUUGAGCUAGAGCUCUCCUGUCUUGAUCCGGUCCAUGGGUCUAUGCCAUGGCAAGCCGACGCAGAUCCCGGAGCCCGAUGCGGAUGAGGAUCCCCACGUAGCCUCCGGAGCGGGCGACGCCGCUGGUGCCGUGAACGGCGCCUCCUCUCCGUCGCCGGCGCCCGCGACGAAGCCGGGCACGCCGAAGCAGCCCAAGUUCCCGUUCUACCUGCCGAGCCCGCUCCCGCCGUCGAGCUACAAGGGCUCGCCGGCGAACUCGAGCGUGGCGUCGACGCCGGCGCGCAGCGGGUUCAAGCGGCCGUUCCCGCCGCCAUCGCCAGCGAAGCACAUCCGCGCUCUCCUGGCUCGGCGGCACGGCUCGGUGAAGCCCAACGAGGCGUCCAUCCCCGAGGGCGGCGAACCAGAGCUGGGCCUGGACAAAAGCUUCGGCUUCUCGAAGCACUUCUUCGCCAAGUACGAGCUCGGCGAGGAGGUCGGCCGCGGCCACUUCGGUUACACUUGCUCCGCCAGGGCCAAGAAGGGCGAGCACAAGGGCCAGGACGUCGCCGUCAAGGUCAUCCCCAAGGCCAAGAUGACGACUGCUAUUGCCAUUGAAGAUGUGAGGAGAGAAGUGAGAAUAUUGAGUUCUUUGACAGGCCAUAACAACCUAGUGCAGUUCUAUGAUGCUUUUGAGGAUGAAGAUAACGUGUAUAUAGUUAUGGAGUUAUGUAAAGGAGGCGAACUGCUGGAUAGGAUAUUGGCGAGAGGUGGAAAGUAUUCUGAAGAGGAUGCAAAGGUUGUUAUGGUACAAAUUUUGAGUGUUGUAUCAUUUUGCCAUCUUCAAGGUGUUGUUCAUCGUGAUCUGAAACCAGAGAAUUUCCUUUUCUCUUCAAAGGAAGAAAACUCUGCCUUGAAGGUCAUAGAUUUUGGUUUGUCUGACUUCGUGAAGCCAGAUGAAAGACUUAAUGACAUUGUCGGAAGUGCAUACUAUGUUGCUCCGGAGGUGCUCCAUCGAUCUUAUGGCACCGAGGCAGAUAUGUGGAGCAUUGGAGUAAUCGCCUAUAUCUUGCUUUGUGGGAGCCGGCCUUUCUGGGCACGCACCGAGUCUGGAAUCUUUCGAGCUGUCUUGAAGGCAGAGCCAAGUUUUGAUGAGGCCCCAUGGCCCACUCUAACUGCUGAAGCUAAAGACUUUGUAAAAAGGCUUCUUAAUAAGGAUUACCGCAAGAGAAUGACUGCUGCACAAGCUCUCAGUCAUCCAUGGAUCCGUGACGCUCAACAAGUGAAAAUUCCUCUAGAUAUGAUAAUCUACAAACUUAUGAGAGCUUACAUCAGUUCGUCUUCACUGCGAAAGUCUGCUUUGAGGGCCCUAGCCAAGACAUUGACAGCAAAUCAACUCUUCUAUCUAAGGGAUCAGUUUGAAUUGUUGGGUCCAAACAAGAAUGGCUAUAUCUCCUUGCAAAAUUUGAAAUCAGCCUUGGUGAAAAAUUCCACAGAUGCAAUGAAGGACUCUAGGGUUGUUGACUUUGUUAACACGGUGUGCACUCUUCAGUACAGAAAAUUAGAUUUUGAAGAGUUUGCUGCUUCUGCCAUCAGCGUUUAUCAGAUGGAAGCUUUGGAGACCUGGGAACAGCACGCUAGGCGUGCAUACGAACUGUUUGAUAAGGAAGGCAACCGGCCUAUUGUGAUCGAAGAACUCGCAUCGGAACUUGGACUUGGCCCAUCAGUGCCUCUUCACGUUGUUCUCCAAGAUUGGAUCAGACACGCAGAUGGGAAGCUCAGUUUCCUCGGAUUCAUAAAACUUUUGCACGGGGUUUCUUCGCGCUCGAUCCCGAAAGCCUAAGAUAACUUAUUCUUGCAUCCAUCAACCAAGGAGAUAAAUCGAUGGCUAAGCCAAUCUCUGGCUGGUGUGUGUGUGUUUCGGUUCAAGGUGCCUGGAGGAUGGCCUGAAACAAAAAAAAAAAAGUUUGAUAGUCUUGUGUAAGAAAGGGGUAAAAAGCUCAUGCUUAUGCCUAAUACUCCCCCUUGCCACGUGGAUUGAUGUUGUACUGAAGCUGUGUAGACGAGUGUACAGAUGAGGAUAGGAAAAAAAAGGGAGUUUUUAUUUAAAUAUAUAUUUUCUUUUUAUUAAUUUAAUAAAAUUAGGCAGCUGUUUCAAAAAAAAUGAUAAAACUAGGCGCUUAUCUCCCAUUCAUUGGAUGAUAUAUAAAGAUAGUCUAGUGGAAGGGUGACAAGUUAGGGACCACCAUUUACGGUAGUUUAGGUGACCUAUCACCGGUGAAUUGGGAUUUUUAGGCCGGUCGAUUAUUCAUUGGGCGACAAGGUUACUCUGUGAGCUAUACAUCUUUAAAAAAUUAUAACUUUUUUAUAUGGAUCCAGAUAAAGAUGAUAUUUAUAUGAAAAUUGUACCAUAAUGAGAUUUACAACUUUGUAAUUGGUUAUGUUUUCAUUUGAAGCCAUCUUCAGACCGAAAAAGUUGCUAGAAUGUUUGGUAUUAGGAAUAUAGAAUCUGUACGUAUUUAGGAAUAUAGAACCAUCUGUGUAUUUAUAGAGUCCUUUACGUAUUGAUCAAUAAAGUUCUUUUCUUUUUCUGUUA